CAACCCAAACCCCCCUCGGGGAAGAAGAACUCGAAACGAGGCCGCCCUUACGACGGAUUUUGUCAGGACAUUCGGAACUCAGAACUGAUCGUUCGAAUUUCAGGAAAGAAUUACUCUGUGGAUUUCUGGUGGUUCACCGAAUCUAGUGCCAUCUAAUUUAUGCAUUGAAUCAAGUCUGAACAAGUGCCACUGAAUAAGGAUAAAGGAAAAUUGCUGGAUUUACACGUGAAAUGCUAAUACCGUGAAGUGCUUUCGUUCUUAAAGGAGCUAAACGAAGCAGAAAUUAUCUAAAUGUUGAAGUGUCUGUGCAGGUGAAUCAGAACGGAUCAUUGGUUCGAAUUAUAGCGCGCAAAAAAAAGGAUCAAAAAUUCGUCGUGAAUCGAAAAUUACUAUCAUUUGGAAUAUAAAACUGCGAUUCCCUCCGGGAGCGCGCACUGGCUCUGACGAGUAGCUCGAGAAGGAUACAAAAGUGGUUUAGUUAGAAAAUUGUGCAAUUUCGUUUUCCUGCCUGGCGAAUACGGUGCUCCGCGGAGUGUGAGUGGUUCGCGUGGUGAAGAAGUGACGCAAGCGAAUCCAGUGAACAGCGACCUGUUGCGAAAAGGAUACUACGCGAAUUGCGCUUCACAGGCCGUCCUAUUAGGGCGCUCGGUUGUGUUUGCUUUUGGCGUCGUUGGUCGAAAUUGGCCGGUGUGUUUGCGCAGUAAGCCCGGAGGACGACAUCGGAUCGGCACGCAACAGUUCGGGACGCUGCGCGGUUGCAUGUGGAUGGAGAACACGGCGGAAGAUUAAGAUAAUGCAGGCGAUCAACAGGUGGCUAACCGAGAACCAGUAGUCCUGUGGCAAACGCAUCUGUGAUCUAAACCUCUGCUACUAGUACUGAACAUAAGAAUAUCUACUACUGCCGAUCCCGCGGCAUCACUGGGAGCCAUACACGAAUCGUCACUUUUAUGGAUGCUUGUCGAUAGCACUUAUUUUACAGCAAUAUGAGAUAUUUACAAAUUGUAGUAUUUAUAAUAGCGUACCAAAUUAGUUUAUCCAAUUCGAGGCGGUUUGGCACUCGACACAAACGGCAGUAUGGCAGUAAUCUAUAUCUACCAGAGAGUUACAUAAUCCCGGGUGGAGAUGACGCACCGGACGACCAUUGGGGCCCCUGGAGUGCUCCGUCCGAGUGUUCGCGCAGCUGCGGUGGCGGAGUGGCGCACCAGACGCGGGAGUGUCUGCUGGACGCGAGUCCAGAUGGCCAGUCGCGAUGUCGAGGAGGAAGCCGAAAGUAUUUCUCCUGCAACAUUCAGGACUGCCCGGAAGGCGAAUUGGACUUCCGCAAGCAGCAGUGCUCCGAGUAUAACAGUGUUCCCUUCGAUGGGCACCGGUAUCAGUGGGUACCCUACACCAAAGCGCCCAAUCCGUGCGAAUUGAAUUGUAUGCCAAUCGGGGAGCGGUUCUACUAUCGUCACAAGGCAAAAGUUACCGACGGAACUCGCUGCAAUGAUGAACGAUUCGACGUGUGCGUUGACGGAACUUGCCAGGCGGUUGGUUGCGACAUGAUGCUCGGAUCGAACGCCAAAGAGGACAAGUGUCGAAUCUGCCAAGGAGACGGUAGCGGUUGUAAAACCGCCACCGGACUGUUGGACGCUAGCAACCUACAGGUUGGGUAUAACGAUCUGCUGUUGAUCCCGGCCGGAGCUACCAACAUCGCCAUAAAAGAGCGUGGUCCUUCAAACAACUAUCUGGCGAUUCGUAAUCUAACUGGAUUCUACCAUCUGAAUGGCAACUAUCGAAUUGAUUUUCCUCGUGUGAUGUUUUUUGCUGGUAGCGAUUGGCAUUACGAGCGAAAACCGCAAGGAUUUGCCGCUCCGGAUAAGCUAACUUGCUUGGGACCGACGUCGGAGUCAGUGUAUCUGGUUUUGCUUUCACAAGAUCGGAAUGUUGGUGUAACGUACGAAUACAGCAUCGCAUCCAAGACCGCCCCAAUUGACGAACCAGAUAGCUACUCGUGGACGUACACUCCUUUCGAUGAUUGUAGUGCAGUUUGCGGGGGCGGAGUACAGUAUCGAAACGUAACUUGUAAUAGCCGCACCACUCUUAAACAGGUAGAAGAGAGUCUUUGUGACGCAGCUUCGAAGCCCACCGAGUCCCAGCGAUGCGGACAGGAAGCUUGUCCACCCCAGUGGCACGAAGGUUCGUGGGGAAAUUGUUCGUUACCGUGUGGUAGCGAAGGCAAACAGACACGAGAUGUGCACUGUCAGAGGGUGUCUGCGGAAGGUGUGUCGGAAACCGUCGAGGAUGCCGUCUGUCUGGAGCAUGUUGGUAAUAAACCAGCAACGGAACGGGAAUGCAAUCGGGGUACAGUUUGUCCGGAAUGGUACAUUGGAAAAUGGUCUCCAUGUGAUAAACUGUGCGGUGAAGGCAAACAACAUCGAAACGUUGUCUGUUUCCGCAAGGAAAAUGGCCGCAUUACGGUGCUAGAUGACAGUGAGUGCGUUACUGAGAAACCGGAAGUACAGCAAACAUGCAUGCUGAGGCCUUGCGAGGGUGUAGACUAUAUCACUUCCUCGUGGAGUGGGUGCGACGAAUGUGGAACGGCGGUAGAAACUCGAACAGUGUACUGUGCUUCCAAAUCGGGAACUGUCUAUGAUAAUAAGUUCUGCGCGAACCGAGAGCUGCCGGAGCUGAAACGUGAGUGCAAAGCAGUACCAUGCGAAUAUCAGUGGUUCUCCUCACAGUGGAGCAAAUGUUCGGCUGUUUGCGGAAAGGGUAUUCAGACACGGACGGUAGUGUGUGGCGUCUUCGACGGACAGUCGUUGAAACGUGCCGACGAUGACUACAAGUGUGACAUUGCAUUGAAACCGAAAGCGGAACGCGAGUGUGACGGCCCAGAUGAAUGCCCUGGCCAAUGGUUCACCGGUCCUUGGACGAGUUGCUCGAAAGACUGUGGAGGAGGGUUCAAAUCUCGCAAAGUGUUGUGCAUUGCCAAUGGAACUGUGGUAGCGGAAACAAACUGCAAGGUAGAUACGAUUGAAUUGAGUACAGAAUCUUGCAAUGGCCAUGAUUGCACAGAUGAUGGCAUCAUUCCGGUGGACGUUACCAGUAAACCUUUGGAGGAAGACGAUUACGACGAGGAAGAGUGGUGCGAAGAUGAGGAAGAGGAAGCUACUGAAUCACCAGAUGGCGUUCUAAUGGUUACUGAUAACAGUACGCUAGUUGAUGGAGUUGAUUUGGAAUCAUCGCAGGGAACCACUGAAUCGUCAUUGGAAACCGAUGAAAUGAUGCUUAGCGAUGCCACAGGGUUUGAAACAGGUGCUACAGAUGUUGAUACUUCCACAGAUGAAUCCACUAUCGAAGGAUCUGGCUUUGAUAUUGACGCUAGACUCGGUGAGUCAGCUUCUCUUGCGACCGACGAUGGCUCUGGAGACGAUGUUGAAAUUUUCUCACCUACAAGUGAUGCUUCGGUUGCUUCGGAAUUAUUGUCGUCGUCAGUCAGUCCAACAUUGGAAUCACUUUCAUCACUUAAAGUAACGGAAACAAGUUCAGAAGCUUCGACGUCUGCCACGGCAGACACAAGCUUGGAUGCAUCAUCAGCUUCAUCACUAGAGACGUCUUCUGAAUCUGCCACCACCGCUUCUUCAACCUCCGUUUCAGAAGCAUCUACGGAAUCAUCGAUUGCAUCUUCGUCUAGUGCAUCCUGGAGUACAUCAGAUUCUACAUCUGAAAGUUCACCAUCUGAAACGACAGAAACUACCGACGAAAGUUCAACAACUGAUGCGUCAUCUACAACGGAUAGUUCCGAGAAACCAUCUUCACCGUCUUCCCCAGAAACCAGUGUUGAACCAACAGUCACUUCAAGUGAAUCUUCGAAAACGGUUGACACUAGCACCGAAACAGCUACCGACAGCUCAACCCUUGACGUUCAGUCUACAACAGUUUCCGCUUCAAGCGAGCCGUCCGUGGACACUACUGGAUCCUCUGAAUCAACAGUGGACAGUUCCGAAUUUACCAUUGCAGUUGAUGUAUUCAGCACUGAAACAACAUCAGCCGAGGAAACCCUAUCAACCGAACAGACCGAAUCGACCGUAACCGAGGAGACCGUCUCGACGCAGGAAGCAUCUAGUACCGAGGCGGGUCAAACGGAUUCUUCCGCCAGCGAUGUCUCCGAUUCGUCGACAGUCGAGAGCUCUACUGUACUCAGUGAGGUUUCGACCGAAACCUCAACCGACGUAGAGUCCAGCACAUUUGACAUUUGGCUGCGAGGAGGAGAGGAUGAAGAUGAGAGCAGCACACCGUACACGCUUACUUCGGUUAUUUCAAAGGAGCAGAAACCACGCAAGUGUAAACCUAGACCCAAAACGCCACAGUGUGCCAAAUCGGAGUUCGGCUGUUGUUCGGACGGAAAAACGAAGGCUGCAGGUCCGUUUGACGAAGGCUGUCCGACGCCAGAAACAUGUAAGGAAACUAAGCACGGAUGCUGUCCGGAUGGAGUGUCACCCGCUAAGGGAGUCAAAAACAAGGGCUGUCCUAAAUCGGAGUGCGAAGAGUCACUGUUUGGUUGCUGCCCGGAUAAGGUGACACCGUCGCAAGGUAACGACUUCGAGGGUUGUCCUGUUGAAACCACUACCGUUGCUGGAUGUAUGCUCAGUAAACAUGGCUGUUGUGCGGACGGUGUAAGCGAGGCUAAGGGACCUAAUCAUAAGGGAUGUCCUGGUGUAGAAGAGCCUGUUGAAGAACAGGUCGUAGAUGUGGUUACAGAUGUACCAGUUGAAGACGCUGGAUGUGCGGGUUCAACUUAUGGAUGCUGUAGCGAUAACGUCACGGCGGCAACCGGUCCGAAUGGAGAAGGAUGUGCUGUAUGUGCUUCGGAACCAUUUGGAUGUUGUCCGGAUCAGAAGACUCCAGCGCACGGUCCAAAUCGCGAAGGUUGUUGCCUGGAGACGCCUUAUGGCUGUUGCCCGGAUAAUAUCAAUCCAGCCAGAGGCCCUAGUUUGGAAGGAUGUGGUUGCGAAUACUCACCUUAUGGAUGCUGUCCAGAUAAUACAACUUCGGCCCGUGGACAUGACAAUAGGGGUUGUGGAUGUCAAUAUGCAGAACAUGGCUGUUGCCCAGACAAGGAAACCGAUGCACAGGGACCAAACUUCGAGGGAUGUCCGUGCCAUGCAUUCCAGUUUGGAUGUUGUCCGGAUGGAGUUACGGCGGCAAAGGGUCCACACAAUCACGGUUGCCACUGUUCUUACAGUGAGUUCAAGUGCUGCUCGGAUGGACAGACACCGGCGCAGGGUGACAACUUUGAGGGUUGUACUUGUGCGACAAGCAAAUACGGAUGCUGUCCGGAUGGAGUCACCGAUGCACAAGGAACGAAAUUCGAAGGAUGUGAGAUGGUACCGGAGUCACCGCAGAAGGCUUGCGUGCUAAAGAAAGAUAUGGGACCUUGUCAUAACUAUACCGUAAAAUACUUCUUCGAUGUGGAGUAUGGAGGUUGUGGUCGUUUCUGGUACGGAGGAUGUGAGGGAAACAAAAAUCGGUUUGAUACUACCGAAGAAUGUAAAGAUGUCUGCGAAGCACCAGAAGGAAAGGACAAAUGUCAACUACCAAAGAUCCCCGGUCCCUGCACAGGGUACUACCCCAUGUGGUACUACGACACCGAGCGCAAUAUGUGCACACAGUUUACCUACGGAGGCUGUCUGGGUAAUGCCAACAGAUUCGAAACUGUGGAAGAGUGCAAAGCUGCUUGUGUUGUAGAUGAAUCGCUGCCACCAUGCGAUCAGCCGGCGGAAAGGGGACCUUGUAACGGAAGUUUCGAGCGAUGGUAUUUCGACAAAGAGCGAGACACCUGCGAACGCUUCCAUUAUGGCGGAUGUAAAGGCAACAAGAAUAACUAUCCAACGGAAAGCUCUUGCGACUAUCACUGCAAAAAACCCGGCGUUCACAAACCGAGCUGCACAUUGCCAAAGGAUGAAGGUAGAUGUGAUGGCAAGCUAGCCCGCUGGCACUUUGCUCGAGAUGCUAAUAAAUGCAUGCCUUACUACUACACCGGUUGUGGUGGCAAUGAUAAUCAGUUUAUAUCGCAGGACCAGUGCGAAGAACAGUGUCCCCCGAAGGUCGAGAAAGAUAUCUGCUUCUUGCCGGCAGAAAUUGGUGAGUGUCAGAACUACACGGCUCACUGGUAUUUCGAUACGAAGGAAUCGCGCUGCCGGCAGUUCUAUUACGGUGGUUGUGGUGGCAAUGGAAACAACUUUGCUGAUGAACAGGCUUGUAACAAGCGAUGCGUCGGUGAUGAAGAAAAGCCAGCGGAACCGGCGCCGGUCCAACCGGAGGAACCGAAACGACCAUCGGAGGAGCGUUUUGACGUUCGCUCUUGCUUUGUGGAAGUCGACUCCGGAGACCGUGAGUGUUCGGAAUGGGAGCGACGGUAUUUCUACGAUCGAAGCUCGGGAACUUGUAUGGAUUUCACGUACACCGGAUGCGGUGGUAAUGAAAAUAACUUCGUCAGCUUUGACGAUUGCGACAGAGCUUGUGGCAAGGCUGAGGAUGCGUGCAGUCUACGACCGGCCUAUGGACGCUGCUCGGAGAAUGAAACUCGUUGGUAUUACGAUCAACGCAGUCAGAGGUGUUACUCAUUCACGUUUAGUGGAUGCCAAGGCAAUGCGAAUAAUUUCCACUCGGAACAAGAAUGUGAACAACAGUGCAGACCGGCAGCUCCUGCACCUGCACCAGGUCCGGCCGGCAGUGUUUGUGACGAACCUUACGAUUAUGGAACCGGAAAUGAACCAACUAUUGUCUAUGUGUACAAUAAAGAGCAAGCUUCGUGCGGACAAAACUACUACAGUGGAGAAGGUGGUAAUGGAAAUCGCUUCGGUUCACAGGAGCAGUGCGAACGACAGUGUGGUGAAUAUCGUGGAGUUGAUGUCUGUAAAGAAGCGAAGGAUGCCGGACCAUGUGACGAGACACUACCGAAAUUCUAUUUUGAUUCUCUAACCGGAAGCUGCCAUUCGUUCAACUACAGUGGUUGCGAAGGCAAUGGAAACCGUUUUGCGACUAGCGAGGAGUGCGAAACGGCUUGCGUCAACAAACAAGUCGACAACGAAUUGGAUCCGUGCGAGAGUUAUAACGAAGAGUGCCAGCAGUUGCACUGCCCGUACGGAGUGGCCCGAUCGUAUGAUCCACACAACGACUGUGAACGAUGCUCUUGCGAAGAUCCUUGCCAGCACGAACGCUGCCCGUUGGGAACGGAAUGUGCUGUGGAUAUUCAGAGCGACUAUAAGGACGGAACUAUUUUCGUUGCAAUUUGCAGACCAACUACGAAGGAGGGAGAAUGUCCACGCUUGCCAAACGCUACCGUUUGCCAGGAUGCUUGUAGAACGGAUGCUGAUUGUAGAAACGAUAACAAGUGCUGCCAAGCAGGUUGUGCUACGGUCUGCGUUCCACCGGCGACUCCACCGGUAGUCGAUGAACAUCCGCAAUAUGGACCGGGAGUACCGGCUCCGCCGGUGUUGCAGUCUGUACCGAAGGAAGAUUUGGAUGUGAAGUCCGAAGAGGGAGGAGUAGCGACACUGAGAUGUUACGCCACCGGUUUUCCACCUCCUUCAAUUCGAUGGAAGAAGGGAGAAGUUAUCUUAAACACCAACCAAGGACGUUUUGUACUGACAUCUAGUGGCGAUCUUCAGAUCGUUCAACUGCAUCGUACGGAUAGCGGAACCUAUGUCUGUAUCGCAGACAACGGUAUUGGAGAUCCUGUCUUCCGAGAAGUUUCCCUGCAAGUCAACGAUCCCGUUCCACGGGAUGCCUACAUUGCGGGGCCGCUCAACGAUACUCAGGUGGUGGAACUAAACGCACCGACUUCGAUUCGCUGUCCGGCCGGUGGGUUCCCCAAGCCGAUCGUAACCUGGUGGAGGGAGACCUUCAUGAUGCCCAUCAAGCUAAUCAAUCGUGAUUACUCGCUGCAGUUCAUGCGUGUUCGGUUGUCCGAUCUCGGACCGUACGUCUGCCAAGCUUAUUCCGGUGCUGGUAAAGGCAUUUCGCGAACGGUGACGUUGAAAGCCUUCGGUCCCGUUCAACUAACCGAUCCGGUCGAUGAAAAAUACCUUCGUUACAUUGUCCAUACCCGACCUGUUCCUCCUCCAACCUACCGUCCCGUUGCUCAUCACUAUCCUCGUCCAACACCUUCCGUCUACUAUACACCUCCCCCAACGCCGGAACACAUCCCUGAGCCAGUCCCGGUUUCGGCACGACAAGAAUUCCCAUAUGGUCAUCAGUUCGCACCGAAUAGUAAUAUUACCAUCCGUUGCGUAACCGAUGGUUUCCCUCGGCCCACGGUCAAUUGGUUCAAGGAUGGACGGAUAAUGGAACCUUCCAAUCGAGUGUACAUUGAAGACGACAACACGCUGCACGUGUUCGGGGCACUACCGUCGGAUGCUGGUGCAUACAAGUGUCUGGCACGUAACGAACAUUCGGAAGCAUUCGAAGAAAAUACGGUCCGAGUGGAAGGUGUCUUCAUACCGACCGGCUGCACGGACAACCCGUUCCUGGCCAAGUGUGCGCUGAUUGUGCAAGCUCGAUUCUGUAACCACAAAUACUACGCCAAGUUCUGCUGCAGGUCUUGCACUCUGGCUGGACAGUUAUAUCAUUAAUUGGGUGAAACGAAAAGAUGGUUUCGACGAACAAAAAAGGACGGCAAUAAUUACGAACGAUUGAGUGUACUGUGCGUGCAUGCGUGAGUGUUUUAAUGUUUAGUUUCGUAUAGUUUUAAGUUUACCGAUUCACUUUAACAGAGGACGACUUUCAGUUCGAGCAAUUUUUCCAAAGUUAAUUAUUAUUAGUCAAUUUUCGAAAAAGUACGUGCAACCCAAUCCAAGGGCACUUUUUAUGAAGGUUUUCGUGCAUUACGAAUCUCAUCUCUCUAGUCUACGCAGAGGAGAGAAUCACAGAAAACCAAAUCCAAUAGAAAGUAAUUUCCCCUAAUUUCAGUACGAGCGAAUAGGUUCGAGCGCCAAAUGUGAACGAAAACUUUCCAUGUUAUGCAUUUAAGUGUGCAGCCGCUAACAAAAAAAAAGCUACUAAAUAAAUGUUCACCAAUACGUAAGGAUGGAGAUAUGUCGAAUAUCUUGCAAAGUGUAACAAGUUUGGCAACAAAAAACUAGAAAUCCUUAUUCACAACUGUUUCAUAUAGUUGUAACUGUAAACCGCGAACAAAAGAAAGUCUUGUUAAACUGAAACUAACUCCGCCAGAAAUUGCCAUUAGUACUCAAACUGCAUCAUGUGACUUAGACCUAAGAUUUUUUUUCCACACACUUGAAAGAAGGUUCAACAACGACGUUUGUCAACAAAUGUUUUGCUCUGGAUGCUCAAAUUUGGGACGAUGAAAGAUUCUUUUUUUUUAUCACUUAGGCUAUCUACUAAUAAGCGCAAACAUUUUUUUUCUGAAAAUAUAAUCUUUCACUUUCUAAAUUUGGUGUUUGGAGCCAUUUCUGCUGAUCUUAUCGAUCAACUGUAACUGAUAGUCAUUGCAUUGAUUUGGAAUUGUAAAUAAUCGAAAAGCCAAUUAGCUACAGCUGGGUUCGUUGUUGACAGGCAAAAAGUAAGUGAAAACCGCUCUGUCAGGUUUGUAGGAAAAUAAACAAAGCAUUCACAGCCUUAGCAUUAGUUUGCUUGCAUGAGUUGUAACGAAAGUUAAAAAUGUUCACUAGAAUAACAAAUACUAAUAAGAGAGUAGAUGAUAUACAUACA